AUGAUCUGCAACAAGAGAUAUCACUUUGUGUUACCUUCAAAGGAUACUAUAACAGAAGCGAAGGAUCUCAGCACCAAGGUUAGCAGUGAGGGGUUCAAGAAAGCAACAACAGGAUCAAAGUCACAGGAUUUAGAAGGCCACUUACUACAUGGCGUUAUUCAUUCGAAUGGUUUUGGGCAUCUGCUUUGCAUCAAUGGCUUUGAAGGAGGUUCUUAUUUUGUUUCAGGUCAUCAAAUUCUAGAUUUAUGGGAUCGAAUAUGCAGUGCAUUACAAGUAAGGAAGGUGAGCUUGAUUGACAAGGCAAGGAAGGGAACCAUGGAGCUAAGGUUAAUCCAUGGGGUGGCCUAUGGUGAGUCUUGGUUUGGACAAUGGGGCUACAACUUUGGCCAUGGAAGCUAUGGAAUCACUCAUCAAAUGUACAAACAAUCUCUUGAAGCCUUGCAAGCCCUUCCACUCUGCCUUUUAAUUCCUCACCUCACCUUCUCUGGUCAUGAAAUCUCAAUGAUUGUCACUAGAUAUCAGAUGGUCUGCAGUCACACACUUCGAACCCUAGGUGAACUCUUUCACUUCAUGAUUGAACUGAAGGCACGCCUACCCCAACAAUCUGUCACUGCCAUGGAUUACCAUGGAAUUAUAACCGAAGCCACAUGCAGAUGGUCGGCGAAGCGUGUCGAGAUGGCUGCUAAGGUGAUCGUGGAAGCACUUAAAAGGUCCAAGUUCAAAUGGGUGACAAGGCAAGAGGUCAGGGAUGCUGCUAGAAACUACAUCGGUGACACAGGUCUGCUUGACUACGUGCUCAAAUCAUUAGGAAACCACACUGUGGGGAACUGCAUUGUUCGAAGAAUGGUGAAUCCAGUGACCAAAGUGUUGGAAUACUGCUUGGAAGACAUUCCAAGUGUAUUUCCUAACCUCGAUGGUUUGCCAUCGGGUGGUCCUGCGAAGACGAGGGUCGGAUUCCAGAUUACAAGGGUGCAGAUCAUGAGAGACAUGUUGUAUCUGUACAAGCACAUCCUCAAAGAGCAAAGGCCAACAAUAGCCACAGGUAUAUUUGGUGCCAUUCCAAUGGCAGUAAGAAUGAUCCUUGAUAUCAAACACCUUGUGAAGGACUACGGAGAACGAUUCCCGCCAAUUAGGGAAGUUGAAAGCAAUGGACCUAUGAAACUAAUGUGCAAGGUCCGGAUCAGAAAUGAUCAAACUAAAGAGGAAAGUAUCAUGAAGGAAUUGCCACCGUAUGACACAGUAGCUGUACCUAUUCAUGCAAGGAUAGGUAAUUACUUAAAGGAGGAGGUUGAGAGAUACUUCAGGGAGACUUAUUGGGGUCUGAAAAGCUUCACAGCUGAGAAGUUGAUCGAUGUCAAGGGCAAGGACUCAGAUUUGGUUUCUGAGGAGAUCAAGCCAGGGAGUAGCAUCAUUGUUGAGGGAAGAAUUGAGAAGAAUGAUGAGGAGAUUUAUGAGGGAGGAAAAUUAAAUGGAAUGGUAGAUUGUCUAUGUGGUGCAAGGGAGGAGGAUGGUGAACGGAUGGUUUGCUGCGAUAUAUGCGAAAUUUGGCAACAUACUCGAUGCGUAAGAAUCCCAAAUAAUGAGGACAUUCCUCAUGUCUUUCUUUGUAGUCCGUGUGAGAAUGACAUCGUUUCCUUACCUUCUAUUCACCAUUAG